CUAUCGCAAACGACUUGGAGGUUGCUCGCAAGGAAGAAGAGGAGAAGCAGAGGAAGGCGAAAGAAGAAGAACAAAGGAUGAACGAGAAAAAGGAAUGAGAAGCACUCAAUAAGGAACUUCACAAUGCAAUGAAUGCUCGACUAGACAGCAUGUAUGAGGUGGUUCGUGGACAGAAGCAGAAUGGCGCAGCAGAAGAACAGAAGAUUGACAGCUUGUUUAAGGAAGUGGAGGAACUACGAUUAGCUCAGGGUGGAGAAAGGAAUGAUGGUGCAUCUACCAGUUGGCCGGCAAUCAGAGACGAUGCCUUGUUAGCACGGAUCAUGCAAGAGCACGAAGAAAUGAAGGCGAAGCAGGAAACCGUGACAGCGGUCAACCAACGUGUUGAAGCGCUGGAAGCAUCUCUAAAAGCUAUUAAACAGCAACAUGAGGCGGCUUUGAAGGACAAUGAAGAUUGGAAGAAGGAAGCUCUUCGGACCGGUAACAAGCGUAGCAGACUGGCGACCUCACCGUCAUCCCAAUUGAAGAUACCGUCCUCCGUACCUCGGCGACCGUCGGCAGAAACGGGAUCCGUUGACCCCACACAGUUGGCGCAGCUGCACACACUUCAAGUCAAUGCACUCAAACAACUUAGGUUGCAGGAGUUGAAUCAAAGAUGGGAGGCUGAACAGGAGAAUGUCAGGCUCAAGGAAGAACUGGCAAAACGGGAGGCGGAGCGAACAACACUCAAAUCUGCUUUCCAACAACAAUUGAAUUCUGCGGGUGGAUCUGUUCUUAAGACUACACGUGACAAGAAGAAGGUGGGUGAUGGAGAGGAAGUUGGCGGGAAAAAUGGACGUGAGAACUUCAUCCGUGAAGCACGGAAGGAGUUGGCAAGCAAAAAGAAAAAUGAUUUAGUGGAGAUCUGUAUGAAGGAGGGAAUUAAAUAUAGUACGAUACCACGGACGAUUACCGACAUCAUCGAGAAGCGGGUAGAGAAGGCGCUCGGCAAGAAGGCAACAAUACAGAAUGUUUCGGAGGACGAUUGUGAUGACGACGGUAAAAACGAUGGGAGGGACUCUACAAAUUCUUCGGGUCCCUCCCGAGCGUAACAUACCUUUGGUCUCUUGCUAAUAAAUGUUUCAAUUCUCG